CGUAAUUACGCGCAAAUUGAAAGAGAGGCAUUGGCAGUUGUCUUCGGGGUUACAAAGUUCCGGGAAUAUCUGCUCGGGAAUCAUUUCACGCUUGUGACAGAUCACAAACCUCUUCUGAGCCUUUUCAGCCCCGACAAGCCCGUUCCCGCCAUGGCCGCUGCCCGGAUUCAGCGUUGGUCCCUCUUGCUGAGCGCCUACAACUACAAAAUUCAGUUCAAGCCAGGAAAGACGUUGAUUCCUGCAGACACCCUCAGCCGUUUACCGGUGCGGCAGGAGCAUAACAACACUAAGGCUGCAGAAGAUGACGCUCGUGCGUGCAACAGUGGCCCACCGCUGAGCAAAGACGUCUGGUUCAAGAACUACGGAGUGGGUGACAAAUGGAAACCAGGCUCGUUAGAGUCCACCGAAGGCUCGCGAAUGGCAACGGUAAAGACAGCAGAUGGGGAGCAACAUCGCCGCCACCUCGACCAGCUAAAAACCAGGAGGACCAGCGUGGGAGGAGAAGCGAUGGAACCCGAGGCCCCCAUGCAAGCAGCAACGACUAAAGGCAGCCAGAACGCAGCGGCAGACUCGCAGUCUCAAGGACACGACAGCAGUCACAGUCAGGCUCAAGUAGGCACCGACAUUCGAACGCCGUCAGACGGGCGGGCCGAAGCCGAGGUUGCUACCAGAGAGCCGCAAGUGACUGACCGGGCUGAAGUGACACUGCGUAGGUCGAAGCGGAAGCCCCGGCCCCCGGACCGCUUCACUCCUUAAGGGGGGAGAAUUGUUGUGAAUCAGCAUGCGCCGCUGACACGUAUUUGUUUUGUUAGGUUCACCGGCCAUGCCUCUUGUGAAUCGGCAGUGGCUGCGGCUGA